AUGUCACGGAAGGAGCACUUUGACAGUGAAGUCGUUGGACUGAAGGUGGAGCCUGAUUUUGAUAGAGAUCGGACCAAUGGCUGUUUGAGUUGGAGGACUUCACCUGCAAUGUUUGGAAAGGGUGGGGGUGACGGCUUCAACAAAUCAAAUGUUUGGGAAAAGUUUGCUAAUGUUUCAAAGAUUUGGGGAAAAUCUGCUAAUGUUUUAAAGGUUUGGAGCUUCUAUACAUACACAUUUAGAGAGGAGUUUGGUGUGGGAGGUAAUGGCCCUUGUGGUCAUCACAAACCUUAUACUCUCUUUUUAUCUCAACAUGUACUUGUUUCUUGCUUUUUCUUCCUACCUUUUUCUCACCAUGCCUUGAGCUUCAUUAUUACAACUUGCCAUCUCUUUGCAAUUAUCAGUUCAUCCAUAAUGAAAAUCAAGAAAAUGUUGGAAAAUGGAUUUGAGGAAGAAGAAAAGGGAGAAGAGGGUGAAAUGGAGGAUUUUAAGGAGAGUAAUUUGACGAAGGAAAGGUUUAAUCUUGGUGGUGGUGGUGGUAUUACUGGAAUGAGUGCUCAGGUCGGUGCUGGUGGAGGGGUGGCUCAGCCGUGGUGUGUGGUGGACAAGUGUGAGGUUGAUCUGAGAGGUUGCAAGAAGUAUUAUCAAAGGCACAAGGUUUGUGAGAUCCAUUCCAAGGCUCCUGAGGUUAUUGUUUCAGGGGUGAGGCAGAGAUUCUGUCAGCAGUGCAGCAGAUUUCACGAGGUCUCAGAAUUCGAUCAGACAAAGAGGAGUUGCCGCACGCGUUUAGCAGGCCACAAUGAGCGGCGUAGGCAGAGCUCUUCAAGACUCAUGAAGAGGGCUCAAACCUCACAGGAUUCAAGGACAGAGUCCAGGGAGCUUAAUGGCUUUCUCUGAGAAGCAAAGUUACAAGAUCGCCCGAAUGUCUCUCUAGGAUAUGCUUACUCUCUUCUGUCAUGAAAUUACAAAUUUAUUCCCCGACCCCUUUCAGGAUGUUCUUUUGAGCUAUUGCGCGUCACAGGAUUAAGAACAUUGCAACCGCAAGUUCAUUAUUAGCUUUCUUUUAGUCUAGAUGUAGCAGUUUCUGGAGACUAAUAUGAUAUAGUGGAUUUGGUGCCAGGUCCUAUGAUAUUUACUUUUCUAUCUCUGUAUCAUAACAUUUGUACUCUUAUGGCAUUUUUCUGUUUGAGUUGA